GUCUGAUAAAUUUUGUCGGGUCGUGUUUUAUGGGCCUUAAUUUUCGGGUCAGGUAAGAAAAGAAAGGAGAAAUCCAACGCCUAGCAGCUCAAAGAAUACGUGAGCAAGGAUGAUCUUAUCCGUUAGAUGAAAAGCUUCCCUGAAUCAUACGUGGCCCAACAAGCUGAGACCGCCUGUUGUUUUUACUACUAGUCGUCUCUUGUUCUUCAAAAUGGCUUUGGUUCCAUCCUCCUUUGAUCUUCUGCUUCUGGUCGAUGAAAUCAAUUAGUAACCUCACGAAAGAGUACGGCAUUCUAGUUGAAAAAAUUUCUUCCUGGGUUGCUUCCUGUCACAAAAAAUGGGAUUCUGGACAUUGGUAGAAGGAUUGCUGCUAUUUGCCAAUGCAUUAGCAAUACUGAAUGAAGAUAGGUUCCUUGGUCCAAGAAGAUGGACUUUAGCAGAAUUUCGAGGAGGAAGAAGAAACACUCUCAAGGGGCAGAUAGUUGGGCUCAUACAUGCAUGUCAAUUCCUCAGACUACCACUUAUCCUUUUCAAUAUCAUCACUAUUAUAGUAAAGUUAGUCUCUGGUUGAGAUCAACAUGAAGAAUAAAUUCAUGGCUUGGGACAUGAAUGAAUUAAUCCAUACAUACUCUGAUGAUAUGUUAAUAAGCUGUUUUUGCCCACCUGUGUGUGUACAAUACUCGAAAUGAUAGAAUAAGAGAAUGGCUCAUAUGCUGGUAAGACCA